AUGAUCGGCGGACUCCUCCUAGGCAUCAUCGCCAUCUUCCUCCCACCACUCGCCGUUGUCCUGAGAACGGGGUGUGGAGCUGACGUCGUGAUCAACAUCCUCCUCUGCUUCCUCGCCUGGAUCCCCGGCGUGCUCCACGCCUGGUACGUGAUCAUCAAAACACCGAACCACUCGGAGCGAAGGAGGAUCGCGCGCAAAGAGAGUCGGUCGACGUUGGGAGCGGGACGGAGGAGUAGUCACGGACAUGGACAUGCGCACGGAGGGUACUAUCCUGCUGCGACGCAGCCGGCGGUCGUGCAGACUGGGCCGCCGCCACCGGGGUAUGCGCCUGUGCAGACGACGGGGUACACGCAUGCGCGGAAGUAUUGA